AAGGCUCCAAACAAGAAAGGGAUGAACAAGAAGAAAGCAAAAUCAACAAAUAAAAAGAAGAAACAUCCCCAACAACCCAAAAUUAAUAAAUCAGAUACUUUACGGGCCUUAACUUUGUUUUGUGAUGGAUAUGCUGCAGCAAUUGAACCAACUUUUUACAAUGUGGAUGUUCAAACAUCUAAGUGGACGUUGAUUGAUAAAAGCUUCCUCUCAACUAUUAGCAACGUUGAAUUGAAAACUAUAGCUAUUACGCAGAACAGCCAAGCAACGCUCAAAGCUACCGGUUCUUACAUUGAGAGGAUGUUUGAAGUUUUGCCCGUUGGCGUUUACCCGAUAUUGUUUGAAACUACGGAUAGUUUUGGAUUCGUAGGUUAUGGAGAAGCGGAAGUAAUACAUUUGGAUGGUUUACUCACAGCGACUGGCAAUCUCAAACUUUUAAUCAAAGAAUCAGCCAUUGUUGCGCGUAAUUAUUUAACAACGUUUGUCAAACAAUUCAAUCUUGGAGAUGCAUCAAAUUUGCACUUUUUUGUUCAUAUAAUACCUGGAUCGUUCUCGAAAGAUGGAGGCAGCGGUGGCGCCGGCCUUGUAACCUGCAUGUUAAGCAGGUUCCUGGAAUUGGCUCCUUUGAACGCUAUUACCUACUAUUUGUAUAUUAGAGAUAGAAAGCAGAAAAAGCACCCCCCACUGCCGAAAAAGCACCCCCACUGCCGAUCUUUUGAAAAGAUGGUGGUAGUGGAGGUGCAGGAUUAGUUGCAUGCAUGCUGUCGCGUUAUCUUGAAACUCCUCCACUGAAUGGUAUAUUUUUAAAAUUAUUUUAUGACAAAUUUUUAGUUCUUG